CCCUGGCCGAGCCGCGGGCUUCCUGGCGAGGCAGGGCGGCCGCGAGCCCGGGCGGGAAGAUGUUCAACGUGGAGUCCCUGGAGCGGGUGGAGCUGUGCGAGAGCCUCCUCACUUGGAUCCAGACAUUUAAUGUGGAUGCACCAUGCCAGACCGUGGAAGAUUUAACGAAUGGGGUUGUGAUGGCCCAGGUUCUCCAAAAGAUAGAUCCUGCAUAUUUUGAUGAAAAUUGGCUAAACAGAAUUAAAACUGAAGUAGGAGAUAAUUGGAGGCUAAAGAUAAGCAAUUUAAAGAAAAUUUUGAAAGGAAUCCUGGAUUACAAUCAUGAGAUUUUAGGGCAGCAAAUUAAUGACUUUACUCUCCCUGAUGUGAACCUUAUUGGGGAGCAUUCUGAUGCUGCAGAGCUGGGAAGGAUGCUCCAACUCAUUUUAGGCUGUGCUGUGAACUGUGAACAGAAGCAAGAGUACAUCCAAGCCAUCAUGAUGAUGGAGGAAUCUGUGCAACACGUUGUCAUGACAGCCAUCCAGGAGCUGAUGAGUAAAGAGUCUCCUGUCUCUGCUGGGAAUGAUGCCUAUGUUGACCUUGAUCGCCAGCUGAAGAAAACUUCAGAGGAACUGAAUGAAGCUUUGUCAGCCAAGGAAGAAAUUGCUCAAAGGUGCCAUGAGUUGGAUCUGCAGGUUGCAGCAUUGCAAGAGGAGAAAAGUAGUCUGUUGGCAGAGAAUCAGGUAUUAAUGGAAAGGCUGAAUCAGUCUGAUUCUAUAGAAGAUCCUAACAGUCCAGCAGGAAGAAGGCAUCUGCAGCUCCAGACUCAGUUAGAACAGCUCCAAGAAGAAACAUUCAGACUUGAAGCAGCCAAAGAUGACUAUCGAAUACGCUGUGAAGAGUUACAAAAGGAGAUGUCUGAACUUCGGCAGCAGAACGAUGAACUGACCACUUUGGCAGAUGACGCUCAGUCUCUAAAAGAUGAAAUAGACGUUCUUAGACAUUCUUCUGAUAAAGUGUCUAAACUAGAAGGCCAAGUGGAAUCAUAUAAAAAGAAGCUAGAAGAUCUUGGUGAUUUGAGGCGUCAGGUUAAACUCUUAGAAGAGAAGAAUACUAUGUAUAUGCAGAACACAGUUAGCCUAGAGGAGGAGCUGAGAAAAGCCAACGCGGCUCGAAGUCAACUCGAGACGUAUAAGAGACAGGUAGUAGAACUGCAAAAUAGAUUAUCUGAAGAAUCGAAGAAAGCAGAUAAAUUAGAUUUUGAAUAUAAACGGCUAAAAGAAAAAGUUGACAGUCUUCAAAAGGAAAAGGAUAGGUUAAGAACAGAAAGGGAUUCUCUGAAGGAAACCAUCGAAGAGCUUCGUUGUGUUCAGGCUCAAGAAGGGCAGCUCACAACUCAAGGGUUAAUGCCUCUGGGAAGUCAGGAAUCUUCAGAUAGUCUGGCAGCAGAGAUCGUCACACCUGAAAUCAGGGAGAAACUUAUUCGUCUUCAGCAUGAGAAUAAGAUGUUAAAAAUUAACCAAGAGGGUUCAGACAAUGAAAAAAUCACCUUAUUGCAGAGCCUUCUCGAUGAUGCCAGCCUACGCAAGAAUGAACUGGAGACAGAGAACAGGCUGGUGAAUCAAAGACUUCUAGAAGUACAGUCACAAGUCGAAGAAUUGCAAAAAUCUUUACAGGAUCAAGGCUCAAAGGCAGAAGAUUCAGUUCUUCUAAAAAAGAAGCUUGAAGAACAUCUAGAGAAGCUGCAUGAGGCCAAUAAUGAGCUGCAGAAGAAGAGAGCCAUCAUCGAGGACCUUGAGCCGAGAUUUAACAACAGCUCCUUAAAAAUUGAAGAAUUACAAGAAGCUUUACGGAAGAAAGAAGAGGAAAUGAAGCAAAUGGAAGAAAGAUAUAAAAAAUACUUAGAGAAAGCCAAAAGUGUUAUCCGUACUUUAGAUCCUAAACAAAAUCAAGGAGCAGCACCAGAAAUACAAGCUCUUAAAAAUCAGCUCCACGAACGGGAUCGGCAAUUCCAUUCAUUGGAGAAAGAAUAUGAGAAAACAAAGAGUCAAAGAGAGAUGGAGGAGAAAUAUAUUGUUAGUGCCUGGUACAAUAUGGGAAUGACUCUGCAUAAAAAGGCGGCAGAAGACAGACUUGCUAGUACAGGUUCAGGGCAGUCAUUCCUGGCGAGGCAGAGACAAGCCACCAGCACGAGAAGGUCUUACCCGGGCCACGUCCAGCCAGCCACAGCAAGGUAGACAAGUCCUGCCAUUAGAAUAAAAAACAUCCCGCAUUCAAAGCAUACUUCUGUUACAUGUAACAUUUCAGGAAAUUCAGCCAGCUUAUAUUUUGUCUGUAUUUCAUGUAUUUAGUUGUUUCUCAUUUGAGGACUUUCUCUCUUCUGUAUCUAUAAUGUUUUAGUAUCUUGGUCCUUUAUUUUGUAGUCCUUUUGGUUCCUUUUAAUGUGCCAAAAAAUUUUUAAAUGCCCAAUUAAAAGUGUUGUAUAUUAGUGUAGUACUUUUCUUUGUAUGAAAAUGUCCUUUCCCCAAUGGUGUAGGCUUUGUAAUGAAUUAGAUUUUCUGCCAAUAAUUGAUACACAAUUUAUAUUCUUUAUUGUGCCUCUGUGUUACCAUGCUUUCUAAGAAUGUCUUUGUUUAAAGGGAAUUAAUCUUUUUAUGAUGUAUUAAUCUGUGUUUUCAAUUGUUUUCCAAAUGCACUUCAAAUAACUUGCAUACUCACUAUGUAAAAUGGUUGGCAAGUGCACUUUUUGCAAAGACAUAAAUACAUUGGCAGAGGUGCUAAUCAGAUCUUACCUAAGGCACCUGAUAGAACUAUUUAGAGGGAAAAACUGAGUUUUCACAUUGUUUUAUAGGAAAUUAAAUUUGUCCAAAGUUUUGGAAACUAUUUUUAAAACAAAUAGAAUUUCA